CAGGGCUUUGCUCCGCCAGCCAUUGCGGGCGCGCUGAGCACUCUCGGAUUGAGCAGUGGUCGUUUAGACACUCCUGCAAGCAUACCAAGCAGUACUGCUGCACGCGGUUGCUCCCUGAGGCCCACCGCUGUGUUGGAGCAACUUGCACCCAAGAGCACUCGACGCGUCGCCGCGCGCGUCCGACGGCGGGCGAGGCCUCGGCGUUGGCAUCGUGAAGACGCGCCAGCCGGCACAAAGAAGCGAUGCUGCGCGCCGUCUUAUGGCUGACCCUGGCGGCGGCAUUCGUGCCGGCGCCGCGACGGGCAACGCUCACGCCGUUGGCCGGCCGCAAGCGCGGCCGCGGCAACAGCAAGGACGCCGACGACGCGCCCAAAGCGCCAAAAAAGAAGAAGUCGUCCGGCGCCGCCGCCAAGGCCGCGGCCCUCGCGGAGGAAGCGCUCGCCCCGAAACCGAAGCAGGCGGCGCCGGACCGUAUUACAGCAAAACAGAAGAUCCAGAAAAGGCGCGGCAACGACGACAAAGUCGUAGUAGUGGAAGAGGAAGAAACGAAAGGACGAGAGCGCAAGAAGGCCCAGGACGAGAUCAGUCCCGAGCGACGGGAAUUAUUGCGGGGCGUCGCCGCGGCCGAGUCCGCGUACGCUGCGGCGGAGCUCCUCGCGGACGCCGUGCAGGCCGAGAAUUAUGAAAGGGACGCGUCGGAGAGCGCGGCCAUCGAAGGGUAUUUUGAUACUAGUAGGUGGCCCUCGGCCGUCUUGGUGGGUCUCGACUUAACUUCAAGACGGGGCGCGUCGAAGCUCGCGGAGCGACGCACGCGGGGCGCGGACAACGCGGGGAUGGCAUUGUGCGCUCCGGUUGAUGCGGGCUGGACGGUGCACGAUAGUUUGGCGGAGCUUGGGAGGUUAUGUGAUACCGCGCGCGUCAACGUCGUCGAUUCCACGUUUCAGAGGGCCGACAUGCCCAACGGCCAGUUUUUAGUCGGCAAGGGCAAAGUCGAGGACGUCGCGAAGCGCGUGCUCGAGCACGGGGCCGACGCCGUCGUCUUCGAUGACGAGUUGUCGCUGGCACAACAACGAAGUUUAAACAAGGAGCUCGCAUUCCAUGGCUGUGCUGACGAUCUACAAAUCUUGGAUAGGACACAAUUAGUGUUGCAGAUCUUCUCCGAAAGAGCACAAACAAGGGAGGCUCGAGCGCAGAUAGCUCUAGCAAGGGCCGAGUACAUGCUGCCUCGACUGACGACGUUUUUGACGACGGGCGCCGGCAUGGACUCGCGGUCAGGAGGCAAAGGGUCGAGUGGAGGCGCCUACCUGAGGGGUGCGGGAGAAUCGCAGCUAGAAAUGGAUAGGCGUUUGUUCGGGAAGAGAAUAUCGCGACUGAACAAGGAGCUCGAUUUAUUGAAAGAAAAACGAACACAAUCGCGGGAGAAGCGCAAGACCGACGAUCGGCUGCCCCUCGUUUGUCUCGUAGGGUAUACGAACGCGGGUAAGACGUCACUGCUCAAUGCCCUCGCGGAGCAGGCCCAGCCCUUAUAUGCGGACGAUCGGCUGUUCGCGACCUUGGACCCGGCGACGCGACGCGUGCAGUUGCCUUCUGGUAGGGCUUGUCGAUUAACAGAUACUGUUGGGUUCCUUCAACGGCUCCCAACAAAACUCGUGGCGUCAUUUAGAGCGACGUUGGAGGAGGUCGCCGACGCUUGUUUGCUACUCCAUGUGGUUGAUUCUUCUUCACCCUUGGCGGCCAAUCAAAUGAGGGCAGUGAGAGGAAUCGUCGACGAGCUCGGCUGUCGAGAGACACCAACAAUAACCAUCUACAACAAGCAGGACCUCUGCGAGGAUGACGCAGUUGUUUUUGAAUUGGACAACCUGCCCAAGUCCGAUGUGGACUCGUCUUUAUCCGCCUCGGCGACGUCAGGGGGCGGCGUCGAUCAGUUGCUGGAGGCCGUCGACGCGGCGCUAGCGUCGCAGAAUUCCCUCGUGGACUGCCUCGUGCCCUUCGCGCGGGGCGAUUUGGUGGAAGAAGUUCAUAGGACGGGCACGGUGGAGCGCGUCGAGCACGAGAUGGAGGGGACGCGGCUCGUCGCGCGCGUGCCCGAGGCGCUGGCGAAUCGGUUGGCGGAGUUUCUUGUUGUUGACGACGGGUAAGGUGGGCUCGUUUUCUUGUUUUUUUUUG